GUCUCGAAGACAAAUUUGUAAAUUCUCAACUUUUGUCGGAUUUCUUUAAUUUUUAAUGGCAACUAUUGUUGAUACUCAUUUCGGUUACUGUUCUUCAGAAAAGUUAAACAAGAAAAUAAUAAACUGUACUGCUCUAGUGCUAAUUGAUGAAAUCAUGUUGUUUCUAUCCCAGUGUCGUAAAACUUUUUUUGAAUCUAUGUACUUCGAGCUGUCUUCCUAAUGAUGUUACCAUUUUAUGAACAUCCGGGAUAUUUAAUUUCCUCAUCAAUGUUGAGUCGGUAAAAUGGCGGUGCAGUGUGACGGGGGAGGCAAAGAUGAACUUAAGACUCAAUUUAUGACAAGAGAAGGAGUGUAUAAAUUAAUGACGUUAUCCGAAUAUUCUAGACCCAAUAAAAUUAAUUAUAAUGUACAAGGCAAUACUCCUGUGAAAGUUUCUUUUGUAAACAUGCCUGAUUCUUCCGGUAACGGCGAUCGUAUUUGCUUUAACGUGGGACGAGAACUUUAUGUUUACAUGUAUAAAGGAGUGAAAAAGGCUGCAGAUUUGACAAAACCGGUUGAUAAACGAGUGUAUAAGGGAACUUAUCCUACGUGCCAUGAUUUCAAUCAAUGCACUGUCACUAGUGAUGGAGUAUCACUUUUGGUUGGUUUUUCUGCUGGUCAGAUUCAAUUAAUCGAUCCUGUCAAAAAAGAACUUAGUAAAUUGUAUAAUGAAGAGAGGUUGAUAGAUAAAACAAAAGUAACCUGUCUGAAAUGGGUGCCAGGAUCCCAAAACCUUUUCCUUGUGUCUCAUACCAGUGGACAAAUGUAUGUUUAUAAAGAAGAUUUACCUUGUGGAAAUACACCUCCACAUUAUCAACUAUUUAAGCAAGGUGAAGGGUUUGCUGUUUAUACAUGUAAAACAAAAAGUACAAGAAAUCCACUCUAUAGGUGGGUAAUAGGCUAUGGUGCUCUAAACGAAUUUUCAUUUUCUCCUUGUUCAAAAUAUCUUGCUACUGUUAGUCAAGAUGGCUUCUUAAGAAUUUUUAAUUAUGAUACAAUGGAUCUUGUGGGAGUAGUAAGAAGCUUUUUUGGUGGCCUAUUAUGUGUGUGUUGGAGUCCAGAUGGGAAAUAUGUUGUAACUGGAGGAGAAGAUGAUCUUGUAACUGUAUGGUCUUUUCAAGAGAAAAGAGUUGUUGCUAGAGGACAUGGCCAUAAAUCAUGGGUUAGUGUUGUUGCAUUUGAUGCAUAUGUAUAUAAUGAUUCUGAUGUUAUUGAUUUAAGUGGUAGUGAAGAAGAAGUAAGUCCAUUACCUCCUGAUAAUACUAGUGAUUCUUCAAAAACGUUAGCAUCAGGAAGUAAAUCUGGUUCGGGCAGCUUGCUUCCUAAUUCAGUGUGUGCGAGAAAUUCAUUAUCUGGUAGUAGGUCUUUAAAUAUUACUUCCUAUAGGUUUGGUUCUGUAGGACAAGAUACCCAAAUUUGUUUUUGGGAUUUGACUGAAGAUGUUUUAAAACAACCUAUAGGGAGGACUAGAACUAGUAUGUUGCUCAAUAGUCCAAGUACACAUCCUCCAAGCUUAAGUAAAUGUAAUAGUGUUGGAAAUGCGCAAGCUAAUUGUUGUCCAAAAGAAACUCCACUUGUGGAUGGAAAUUUAACUUUGCCAAGUCUCAGUAUAGGAAAUAAAAGUGCAACAUUGGAAAAAGAGAAAAAGUCUGACAAAGAACAUAAGAGAAACUUUAGUCUUGCUUCAAGGAAUGCUGAUAAAAAUAGCCUUAAUAAAUCCAACCAAAGUAAGGUGUUGGAUGAUCCUGUGAAAUUAAUAGGAACUCCUGUUUGUCCUCGGAGAGAUGAAGUUUCUAUGCUAGAACCUCUUAUAUGCAAAAAAAUAGCACAUGAAAGGUUAACUGCAUUAGUUUUCAGGGAGGACUGCUUUGUUAUUGCCUGCCAGGAAGGUUUUGUCUGUACCUGGGCAAGACCUGGUAAAGGGAUACUUGCUCAACAUGUGUCUAGCCCAAGUUCCAGUAAUCCAAGUGGAGGAACGGUUGUUUAACACUAGAGAAAGUAUAAUUUAACAUUUUGACAAACUACCUAAAUGUUUCCUACACAGCAGCUGUUUUAUUCAUGCUGCUUAUCUUGCUAGUCCCAGUGAAACUUAUGUAAAACAUAAUCAAAAAUGAAAUCUUGCUUCUCAUUCUGGGGCAAUAAAAGCAUUUCUAAGAUAUUGAAAAGAUUUUCGCAUUUCAGCUAUAACAGUUAAAAGUUAUAAACUUUCAAUAUAUAGUUUAUUUUUAUGUCUUAUGGAAGACUUGUUUUAUUUCUUUUACUAAGAGAAA